AUGGUCUCAUCGUUCUGGAUAUCGUUGAUACUGUUACUUGUCUGCACUAUUUUGUUCUGGUAUGGCAUUGCCAGUGCAGUCCGCCGGUUUUCUAAACGCUUCGGAGUGACUAUUCAGAGAGUGGGAAUGCGUCGACUGAAUGGUAUUCAAAUCUCCCAUGACCGACUCCAUAUUAAAAUGAUGUCUGUUCAAUCAUUUCAUAUAGGCACUGUUGGCGUCAGUUUUGGUCGUCGUCCCGACUCCAACGCUCUUGUGUGUGUGUUUGUGCAGAAUGUUGCGGUGGUUGUCAAGAUGAAUCCAAUUCAAGAUGUUGUUGCGUCUACUUCUACCCAUAGCAAUGCUAGUGUAAAAACUACUUUGUCGCUAGAUAAACAAAUAUUUUCUGUAUGGUCCUUUCUGUCAAAUACUUUGGUCCAAUACAUAAUGCGACUUGUCGCCAUCGAUGUCACUGAUGUUCAUGUAACCAUUCAAGACGUAUCUGGCAUCUGCAUCUAUGAAACCAAGCUUCAUUCACUAGAGAUUGCCUCAAUUCUAGAUGGUGCACCGUCUAGCUGCAUAUCUAAAUUCACCCAGAAAGGCUUUAUACCAUCUGCUUCAAAAUGUGGUGCUGAAAUGCUACUUGCGCUAUCACCAUAUCGUUUUAAAGCUUAUUCUGGCGAAACCGUUUUCGAGUGUCAGCAACCUACACUGUUUUCCAUUGCACUAGUUAGAUCAUCUUGGAAUGCAUUUUUAAUUGCCAACAUCAAUAUCGAUCAUCCCACAAUUCGUACUCUAGAACUUGCCAUGUUUCAGAAUAUACUAAAGCAAUAUACCCACCACACGUCAGAUUCAUUGCAGGACGGAUCUACGUUUGAUUCAGCCAUGUUCAAUCACACUGAACUGCAAAAAACUGCAUUGAUCGACACAGAAACAUCCACAGACAUUCCCUUGCCCACAAAAGCAGCUCUAGAUAUCCUUGAAGCAUUGACGUGCAUGGCUCCAAGAGUUUCCAUAGAAAUCAACCACGCAGCAGUUGUCCAUGUAUUUGAAAAUGCUUUAGACAAUUCUAAAAUAGAUUUUGAUACAAAAUCAAGCACGGCUAGCUUUAAACCUAAUUCUUCACAUACAAUACUCUUCUCAUUCAAACUCAUUGAACUUUUGGCUAAAAUCGAUCGAGAUGCAGGUCGCAAUAGAGUGUUUCCUAAAAUUGAAAUGCGUGCAUCUGUUGAGGAGAGCAUCGGUGAUUUGAUGUCAUUUGAUUGCAAUAAGAAGUCAGUGUCCCAUUUUUUCUCUGUAAAGAAAGCUAGUUUUAAUGCAAGCUUUGGUCAUGAAGAAAAUAGUUCAAUCUGCAUUUUGAAGUGUGCUACUCGAAUCAUGUCCCCACAUAUCAUUUUGGAUCCUCAUGUGCUUGAUCUUUUUCAAAUCUAUGUCUGCUCUGAAGCAUCUAUCAAUAUUCCAUCACACACAAAACCUAAACCGGAUUUCAGCAACAUCUUUUUAAUGGAUGCAGGCAGUCUUUUUGGGUUAAAUCAACUGGACAUUAUAUUCACUGUCAAUAUUGCAGAUGUGCUGAUUGGCAUUCAAGUACCUAUUGGCGAACCCGAUCAUAUUGAACAGUCUAACCUUGCACAAAUUUCAUUUAAGCUCGACUUGUUUUCGAUAUCUACUAGCAUGCAUUUGCUAUUGCUUUCUACCGCGAUCUCAUCCAGUCAUCUUGCUGUUGAUCGUAUCGAGCUUUGCAAAAGCACAAUCGAUGUGUUGUUUACAGGUGCUGGAUUACAUACCCAACUUGCUCGUACAACAUCAAAAAGACUCUCUGCACUUUUUCCUACAACAGAGUCAUUGUCGUCAUUGGAAACUCUAGUGUCAAGUACAAAUAUGGCUGUAAAUCUGGUUUUAGAGUAUUCAGAUCGAUGCUUUUCCGUGCAAAGUGCAGUUGACAUUGAAUCAAUCAUUGUUGAUCUAUCAUGGCUGGCCACAGGAAGUUUACUCGAUUACUUUGCUGUUGUCUUGGCACUUUGGUCGUUACUUGGAACAUUUAUAAAAAAGUCAAAUUUGGUUGAACAUGACGGACUGCCAAAUGUACCCGAGCCCCAUAAUUCAGCAGAUGGCUCGCUCAUAUCACUAUUUGAAAUAGAAGUUAGCUCUACAGCUGUUCUUAAGCAACUUAGCGUCAUUUUGGUUGGACAGGUGGACAAGAGCGGUUUAAUAGGUUCUGUAAAAGCCGCUUCAGUCAACGCAAAAGCGAGAUAUGACGAUACCAGUCUUUGGAAUAUCGAACUAUUCACUGGAAAUAUCGAAACAGUUGAUCUGCUGACAUUUCUACACUAUAAGGAUUUUUCCACGUUGAUUGAUGGUGCUCUGCCAACCCAUUCUGUCUUGUGUAUUCAAAAAAUCCAAUUUAUGAUGCAACACAGCUUAAAUUUGGCAUCUCCAUUACAUACCGCCUCGGAUUCAUCAAUACCAGAAUCUGGGCGUUUUUCUCUUAUAUCGGUUGAAUCAACACAAUGUCUUGUGGAUAUCUCUUUUGUACACUGCUUUAUUAUUUUAAAUGCAUGUAUCGAUGUGGUCAAGAUUUUGACACUUGUUACACCUUUUAAAGCUAUUCGCGAUAAAACACCCGAUUCUUUGGUUCUGGGACCGGUAAUCCCACUUGCAAAGAUAUCUAUUUGCUCGAUAUUUGUCAAAAUAGAACUUCCCGACAAGGUCAAGAUUCAAGGCACAUUGGACCAGAUUAAAUCUACAAUCUAUCUUGGUGGAACCGGCCAAGUUGAACUUAAAUCCAUGGAUGCACAAGUAUAUCUUCAAAACUCGGACAUUUUCAAACAGCUCCUUCUAGUUCAAGACAUUACUGUUGGCUUUACACCAUCUGCUCCAGCCACUGCAGCAAACAUAUCUUUUGCACCGAAUAAAAUGGAUAUCACGAUUCCAUACGGUUUUGAAAUGUCAGAGAUUGUCGAGAAUGCCAUAAACCUUGUCCGUGCACUGAAAUCUAUUUUUCGUACAUUUUUCGGACAUAUACCAUCAAACUCGUCUGAUCCUGGACGCACCUUUAUCAUUAAAGAAUCAAUCCCUAAUAUCAGGUGUUGUAUCCAAAUGUGUACGAUCCAUAUUGAAGAUGAUCCGUUUGUUUCUCGACUAUCAAGAAAUUAUCGUGUAGGAUUACCCGAAAAUUUCUCAAGAAUUUCACGAGAAAGAGCUUUUUGGAAACAAGCCAAGCAGCGUGAGGCCAAGCAAUCAGAUGGCACUUUUAAUCCCAACGAGAUUGACAAAGCAUGGAAGUUGCUUGAGGAGUUCAAUAGCCGUGCGUACAUUGAGGCAAUCAAUAAGUCAAGCCAAGAUGCCAAUGACGAGGUAUAUCUUUUGGCAGCUGUUCUGGAAGGAAUUGAUAUAGUUGUAUCUGCUCCAUCAUUGCUUGAACUGACAGUCGAGGAAACCUUGAACACGCUGGACUACAAUACACCUUCCAAACUCAUUUACGAUGACUUGAUUCCUCGCGAUAUCUCGGUUGGGUUUCACUCUAUUGAUAUUCGGUUACGUGAUUAUCCCUUUUCAUUGCUCAAAGUACCAGCAUCACCUCGUGGAACGACAUGGCUGACUAAAGGAUUGCUAGUUAUCGCCGAGCCUCUUCUCCCAGUAGAAUCACGCCGAACUGUUUAUCUUCCAUUGAAAGAUUUGAGUAUUGACCCAAUAAUUGUAACACGGUCCGUCAGCCCAACCAAGAUCUAUCUUCACACCACGACCGUCAUUAAAUGCAAUUCUGCUAUUUGUGCCUACUAUGGAGCAUCACUUGAACCCUGUUUGAGUGAUUUGGUAUCAGUGAUUGACUCGUUUACCAAACCUAAUGCUGACCCAAGUCCACCCGUUGGAUGGUGGGACAAAUUAAGAUUGAUGCUUCACGGCACGAAUGAAAUCAGUAUUUCUGGUGGGGGCGAAUUACGACUUCGCGUUUUGGGUUCAAUGUCACCAUACUACGAUCCUUUAAAGCAUUUUGGUAUGGAUGGCAUUGAGCUUUCACUUGGCAGCGGUGUUCACUUUAACAUUGGUGCACCACAAUCUAAUGAUAUAGUUUUGCUGGAGGCAGGUGAGGUACGGUUUGCCUUGCCACAAAAAAAGAGUUUAGCACAAGGUGCAGCACAGGAAAUGAAUGAUACGUUGGCCAAAUUCAGCGGUGGAGUGCGAAUCGCUUUUGGUGUGAGGUUUACUACGUUUAGACCAGUAGAUGGGCCAAAUUUCCCACCUAUUGAGGUGCAUCCAUGGAAAACUCAUGCAGAUAUUGUCCUGCGCUCGCCAGAAUUCUGUCAUUCGCCAUCUCUUGGACAAGUGUGGGACUCGUUUCAUGGAUUUCGAUCCGAGUUUAUUCAUAUGCAUGUGGAGAUCACUUCCCCAAAGCCGUAUUUUUCUGGACUAGUGGUUCCUAGCAGCCAUCUGUGCAUGAAUUCUUCGUCUUUUAGUCAGGUGCAGAUUAUGACUAUGGUAUACCAAUCGAUUCUCACCAGUAUUCCCCUUCGGACUCGAGUCAUGUUUUUCACUAAACCGGUGCAUCAAGGCGUGCCCACCAGUCCUAAACCCAAGCUAGGCAGAGCACUAAGCACUGUACGUCUUGUUACCACUCUCAAGCCGUUGGUCAUCACAUUAAUUGCUGAGCAAGAUGAUCUGACAGGCGGUGUUGGGUUGCGAGGACGAACAACACAUAUGGAAUCUGAUGUGUUGUUUAGACAGCAUAAACUCACGCAUAUAGAUGAUGGAAAUAUAUCUAUAUCUAGACGUCCCGCCUAUCGAUGGGAUUUAGAAGAAAGCCAAAUGUCUUUUGAAGAUAUUGAAGGAUGUACAUUGACAUAUACUGUUCCGAGUGAGCCUGGGCACUGCUCAGCAACCCCAGUUGAUGCUGAUGAAGACGCCGCAAGUAUUAUGGAUAACGAGAUUUGGACAUUUGCUGAAGAUGCCUAUUAUACUCUUGAUGCCUCUGUCAUGCAGUUUACUCCAUUUCUCUGGUCACCGCGUCUGCUUUACUUUCGUCGCGGAACCAGUAGUGACCAUCAUCACUUGCACGAAAAAGACUUUUUUGAUAAGCAGCUCGCGUUGUUGACUGCUCGUAUGCAUGAAAUCGAGGCUACUAUAUGGAUUUUAAAGGAAGAGCAGAAGGGAAUCGAAUCAAGAAUGGCAGUUUUCUUUGACACCUCAAUUGAAAAAGAGUCGGCAGGAUUGGUUGAUCGACUCACAAUGCUGUAUGAAAAACGAGCAUUGAUUCAAAAUGCUAUCAAGGACUUGAUCGAGUCGCUAGAGAUGUCUGACAAUUCGACAUUCAUAGAAGAGUCUGCAGCCAAACAGGAUAUGCAAGUAUUUAAACAUCAUUACGUUUUCCAUAAUAUAUGCUUUCUUUGGAAAGUUCCUGUUCGAAAUGCAAUCAUUAAACUCAUUGAUUUGCAAACAAAAAACUUUGCAAUCAAGUAUUGUUUGUCCAACGCUGCUGCCAAGGUUGUUUCAGAGCUAAUUCGCCUGAUUGGCGAGCAAAGAUCCAUGCUCAAAGCCUCUACUCCAGCAUCUACCUUGCCAGGAUCCAAGUCAAAGAAAUCUGACGACACAAACACGGCCAAUAAGCAAUCUACAUUCACCAACUAUUCCUCAGAGUCCAUGGCGCAGCUGUUGGAUCAAUUGCUGCAUGACCUUGCUUUAGGGAUUCGUACCAAUAUUCCCAACGAAACCGAGGCAGAGUUUGAUCAUAUCUAUGUUCCACCAUCACCGGAAAAAACUGAGCUCAAUAGCAAAUUCCGCAAAAUCAGCAGAUAUACACCUUCUUUUGAUAUUAAUUCUCCAGACUAUUUGGCUCCUGGACAAAUGGUAGAAAGUGAUUCAGUGAUUACACUCAUCAAUCCACAGGUUGCGUAUGAAGUAGUCAAUGUGGCUGAUCCACUUACUGUCCAGUCAGUGAUUGUUGCAUCAACAGGCAUGGAACUUCUUUUGGUGACGAUUCUUGACGAGGUGGCUGCUGCUGCUAGACAGGGAUAUGAAGAUAAGGAUCGAAAUGAUGCGAUUGUCAAGUACAGAACAAUUGUCAAUGUUCACGAGGCUCAGUUUUUUAUUAGACAAGAAACCGACCAUGACACAAUGUCUUACACUGCCUACCCGUCUCGUAACGGUCAAGAUGAUAUGGACAGUCAGUACAACGCAAGUCGACAAUGCUGGGUUCCACUUGAAUGUUUUCUUGACACGAGCUCAGUGGAUCCGCGAUUUGUUCGGAUUGUUGAACAUGCUUCGGCCAACUUUCAUCGUGAUAAAAUGAACCCUUUGUAUUUUACUCGUUCGUCAGCAUUCGCAACACAACAGACUGAUACGCACUUUUUAUCACUUCCACAGUUUUGUAUUGCAAUGAACUCGGCUCAGUACAUGCUUGUACAUCAAGUGAUCACUUCGUUACUGGUUUACAAUGAUCCUGCAGCAGGAAAGUUGGCUGAACGGUUGCGCAAAGUGAUGCUUGCUUUGGAGCAGCUACCUGAUUUAAGAGAGAUGCAAGACAUGGUGCUGUCACUCCAGGAACGCGUGCGUCAAACGGAUUCGGUUGUAAAAUCCAAUACAACCACUGAUUCUCAGCGUCAACAAGAACUUCGUCGAUCCCUUAUUCAAGGUCGUAAUGAACUCCAUGUAUUGAUGGAAGCUUUGAAAGGCACACAACAAAUUGAAAAGCAGCGUAAUUCGGAAGGAUUGUCCUAUCAACUUUGCGUCAAAAUGGACAAGUUUGUAUGGCUGAUGUUGCUUGAAAACAAUGAUCCAUUUUUACGUUGUACAUUUACAAACCCAGCAAUUAUGUGGGUUCAUAGAGAAGAUCAAGUUUCAAUCAACACGCUCGAGAUUGAAACACUAUAUGUAGAAAACUUGCAUGUGAUGACCAGCGAGUUCAAAGAUGCGAUUUCUCCUUAUAUACCGGAUCGACACGGUGUAGAUUUUAAACGGAAUAAGAUGCUACGAUUGUAUUUGAGAGAGCUUGCACCGGUUGCUGGAAUCCAAGUCGUGGAUCAUUUUGAAAUCGAUAUGUUUCCACUAUCCAUUCAGGUUACAUAUGAGUUGGGAAAGCAGUUUAUGCGAUACAUUUUCCCCAAUAAGAAAAAUAUACCAGCUUCCAGUACUGCUACUGCAUCAGGUGAUGCUCACUCAUCUUCUCCCUAUGCGCGAACCAUAGCGUCUGUUGAUGAAAAUGACCGACCUCGAUCACAAACACCGGAUACGUUGGAUACAGUAUCUGUAUCUCGACGUGGCAAGCAGACAAACGAAUGGUCAUCUACACACACGACAAAUAGCUCAUCUGCAACGACAGCAACGGCAGUUGUUGCUAAAAGCAGCAGUGCAUCUACUCAUACACGAGGUAGUGGAAAACGUCGUCCAAGCCGAGCUCUCACUGAGCUUAAACAAAUGCAAGCCCGUGCUUCAGAAAACCGAUCGUUUAUCUAUAUCAAGCUUCCAGGUGUAUUGCACUGCUUGAGUUAUCGAGGACUCAAGGAAAAGAAUUUAGAAGAUCUACACAUGUUUGAAUUCUACCUACCCACUUUAGAGUAUCGGAAUAAAACCUGGACGUGGUAUGAAUUUGUCAAUGCAGUAAAGCGUGAUACGAUGCGUGCAGCACUUGCUAAUACGGGAGCACUUGUUCGAGAGAAGCUAUUUCAGAAACGAAAACCUGGGACUGUGCAUUCGACAACACACUCGAGUAUAGAAUCGCAGACUGGUACAACCUCAUCUACUGAGCCAUCAGAGUUUGGAUCGGUUUCUUAUCCUGUUGAUGGCGGGCUGCAUCUUGGACGAAGUGAAUCAGUCAAGUCGUCCUAUUCAGGCGAAGAUAGUGUUUCGACUCAUGGACAUGGUCACGCAGGACGCAGAAUGCGCGACAGAAUUGGCAAUGGAAAAGGGAUUAUCAAAAGUCUUAUGCGACGGAUGGAUAGGAAAGAUGAAUCGAGUAAUAGCGAUGUUGACGAUUUGGGAAACCUCGAGAUCAGUGGAGAUCAUGACAGUUUACCAGAUAAUUUGAAUGACGGGGCUUCCAUGUCAAUGCAUUCAUCAGAAAACCCUUCAUAUCCAAUCACGUCACUUACUAUUAGAUCUCAGUCAAGCGAUCAUCAACAGCAGCAGAAGAUGGAGGAUGAAUUGCUUGCUAAAGGAAGGUUGAUAUUUGGUAAAUAUUAUCCUGAUUGA